AUGUCCAAAUCACCCGCCCGCGCUUUCAUGAGAGUUUCUAGACGCCAGUCUUUUCUCAUGCUUUCUACAGCUUGUGCGGAGUGCCGGAAUACACUCAAUGCUGGCGCCGGUCAGACGCGGGCAUCUUCGUCCAACUCGAGAUGGAAGAUGAGGCAGGGCAAGGAUAUUUUCGCGCGCGAGGCCAAGGUCCAGGGCCUCAAAAGCAGGGCGGCGUUCAAGCUUCUAGAGGUUUUGGGAAUCGACAUCAUCCCGGCCCAGCCACCAAAGGGUGUCUCGACGAUCCAGGGUAACUUCCUCUCGCCUGACGUCCAGGAGAUGGUGAAGGAUUACCUCAUCCGGCACAAGAAAGGCCGUCCGGCCCGGCCACCAGCCUCGACGACCUCAUCCGAGGGAGAGGAGAGCAUAGGCACAGACGAGUCCGCCAUUAUCGAGGACCAGCCGAGCUAUAUUGACAUGGAGAGGGCGGGUUCAGAAACGCCCGACAAGUCCGAGUGUGUUGCUGAGACAACGAAGCCAAAGGAUGGUCGGUUGGUUGAUAUUGUAUUGAGUGACAUGUCAGCACCUUGGGACCAGACCACCGGGUUUGGAGUGAACAGUCUUAGUAAUCCCUAUCAUAGGAUGAUGAACACGAGCGGCAUGGCCUUUCGAGAUCACGCCGGUAGCAUGGACCUUUGUAUGGCCGCGCUCCAAUUUGCCAACGAUACGCUAAAGAACGGCGGCCACUUUGUUUGCAAAUUCUAUCAGGGCUCCGAGGACAAGGCGCUCGAGAUGAAGUUGAAAACCCUUUUUGCGAAGGUGUUCCGCGAGAAGCCCGAGUCGUCUCGUAGCGAUUCGAAAGAGGCGUACUUUGUGGCUCUUAGGAGGAAAGGUGAAGUAAGACUUCAAGGGGACAAUGAUAGCUUGUGA